CUCGUCACACUACAAAACUUGGUCUAUAAAUUUUCAACAUUCCCACCGAUUUCUCCACUUCAAAUCAAAUAGAAAAUAUUGAGAGAAGAUCACUUAGCUUCCUUAAUUAAGAUGUCAAAGGCAAAGCUUGUUAUUCUUGACUGUUGGGUUAGUCCCUUUUGCAUGAGGGUUAAGAUUGCUUUGAACGAGAAAGGCCUUGAAUAUGAAGCUCAAGCCGAGGACUUAUUUGGCGGCAAAAGCGAGUUGUUGCUCAGCUCAAACCCCAUUUACAAGAAAGUCCCGGUGUUCCUCCACGAUGGAAAACCCUUGUGCGAGUCCACCAUCAUCGUUAACUACAUCGAUGAAACCUGGUCUUCCCUUCCACUGCUCCCGCCAUGUUCAUAUGGCCGAGCUCAGGCACGCUUUUGGGCUGAUUUCAUUGACAAAAAGGUAUUUGAUGCAUGCGGUAAUAUAUGGAGAAGCAAGGGAGAGGUACCAGUGGAAGCUAAAAAGGAGUUCAUAGAGAUAUUGAAGCAGUUAGAAGAAGCCUUAGGGGACAAAGAUUACUUCAUUGGCACCACAUUUGGGUUCGUUGACAUCAUAUUAAUCCCUCUAACGAGCUGGUUCUUUGCCGUUGAGAAGAUCGGCGGGUUAACGGUGGAGGCCGAGUGCCCCAAGUUGUCGAAUUGGAUGAAGAGGUGUUUGCAAAGAGAGAGCGUCGCCAAAGUAGUUCCACCCCCUGAGAAAGUGUAUGAGUUCGUCUUGAUGUUUAGGAAAAUGCUAGGCAUCGACUAAGAGACCCCGCUCCCUUUUGUUCCCUCCACUGCCAGCAGGAUGCAGUCAUAAUUGAAGGGGGAAACAGAGCAAUGAUAAACUGAUGUAUUUUCUUUUUUUCUUUUUCUUAAUAAUUGGAAAUGCCUGAUGGUUUUAUCUUGUUUUUACAGUUCUCUUCAAUAAUUAAAGCAAAUAAAACGGAAUAUAUACGACCAAUUCUUGGUCAAA